AUGAAAAAAUUUGGCAACAUUGUAGCUAAAUUGACACCGAACGGUGAGGUAGGCUCUUUUUCUGUUUUCAGUCCUUAUUUAUCGUGAAAAUUACGCGAUUUUCGUGACAAUUUGUUGCAGGCUACACCAUUUUAAUGCCUAUAAUUUACUGAGGGCAGCGUAUAGCGGAGGGCUGUAUCGGCGCAGUGUAUCAACAGCAAUGGUAAUGGAGGCGUCCCCGUCACCGCAGAGCGUUGGCCGCGAGUUUGUCCGCCAGUACUACACGCUGCUCAACAAGGCGCCCGCCCAUCUGCAUAGAUUCUACAACAACUACUCGUCGUUCGUGCACGGUGGGCUGGACGCGCCCAACCGGGAGACGCUGCCUGUCAUCGGCCAGAAGCAGAUACACAACCGCAUCCAGCAGCUCAACUUCCGCGACUGCCAUGCCAAGAUCAGUCAGGUGGACGCGCAGGCGACGCUGGGCAACGGGGUGGUGGUGCAAGUGACGGGCGAGCUGUCCAACGGCGGCGCGCCCAUGCGGCGCUUCACGCAGACCUUCGUGCUGGCCGCGCAGUCGCCCAAGAAGUACUACGUGCACAACGACAUCUUCCGCUACCAGGACAUAGUAUUCUCGGACGAGGAGGGCUCAGGCUCGGGGCGCUCGGAGGGCGAGGAGGAGGAGGGCGCGGCGGCGGGCGGCUACUUCCCCCCCGCGCCCAACUUCCCCGCACCGUUCCCCGCGCCGCCCGCGCCCCCGCACGCGCCGCUGCUGUCGCCCCCCGCGCCCGCGCAGCCCGCCGCGCCGCCCUCCCCGUCGCCGCCCGCGCCGCACCUCAACGGCCACCCGCCGCAGCAUGACGACGCCACCAGGCACCUCGUCUCCGCUAUGCAGGUGAGCACGAUCUCGAGCGGCGCGUCGGUGGGCGCCAACACCAGCGUGGGCUCGGUGGAGCUGGAGGAGGUGGCGCUGGAGCCCGAGCCGGAGCCCGAGCCCGAGCGGGAGCCCUCGCCGCCGCCGCAGCCGACAACGCCAGUAGCGCCGGAGCCCAAGACGUACGCGAACCUACUCAAGUCGGGCUCGUCGAGCGGAGCGGGCGCGCCGCGCGGCUCGCCGCCCGCUGCCGCGCCCGCGCCCGUGCCCGCGCCCGCGCCCGCUCCCGCGCCCUAUGCCGCGCACCCGCCCGCGCACCACGAGCCGCGCCCGCGUCCGCCGCGCAACCCGCAGCCGCCACAACAGAUAGGCGUGGGCGUGGACAGCGGGCGGCGGUACUCGGACGCGCAGCAGCUGUUCCUGGGCAACCUGCCGCACUCCGCCACCGAGGACGAGCUGCGGGCGCUGUUCGCGCGCUUCGGGCCCGUCGCCGAGCUGCGCGUGCACAGCAAGCCGGCCGCGCCCGGCGCGCCGCGCCACCCCAACUACGGCUUCAUCACGUACGAGAGCGCGCAGGCCGCCGCCGACUGCCUCAACGCGGCCCCGCUGUUCUUCCCCGCGGAGGGCGGCGAGGGCGCGGGGGUGAAGCUCAACGUGGAGGAGAAGAAGAUGCGCGGGCGGGAGCCGCCGCGCCGCCGCCCGCUGUCCUCGCACCGCGCCGCCUUCCAACCGCGCCAGCCCUACCGCCGCUAGCGCCCGACCCUACCAGAGCUGUUCCUGGCGCUGCCUCGCGCCGCCGGGCCGGCGCUCCGCCCGUGGUACUGCCCGCGGGCCCUCACUUACAUUAAGCUCUACCACUCCGCCCGAGGCGGCACCCAAGUCUAAUACGUUACUACUAUUGUGAACCGAACGCACCGAGCGCGGGACGAAAUGUUUACUGUUCCUCCGUAUAACGGACGAGUUUACUAUUCUUCCGAAUAGCGGACGUGGUGUUUACUAUUUUUCCGAAUAGCGGACGAGGUGUUUACUAUUUUUCCGAAUGUUGGACGAGUUGAUCACGAUAGGCUAGUUAAAAUUUUUUUAAAAGGGUCUUAAAUUGUUCAUUAUCAUUCUACUGAUUGAAAAAAAAUAUGUUUAUUUUUUGACAAUACGAACGAAAACGCUGUCGGCCAUGGUGGUCUAUAUUUUAACUGUUUCGUGACGUCACCUUAACACUAUAUCGUAACCAAACGGAGUGUUUGACAAAAUUAUUAGUUAAUAAUUAGAUUGACGUUUAUUCCUUUAGUGGUACGAAGUAACAUCGUAAUGUCACAAAAUGGACGACAGCGUUUUUAACGUUUGGAAAAAUUUAUUAAAUACAUAAUUUUUAAAUUGAGUUAAUUUGGUAUCAAUAUUUUUCGGACCCCUUGUUCCAUGUAUUACACGAAAUUAAUAUUGUUUUAUAUUAAAUUUUAUAUUAAGCAUUUGUCCCGUAAUAGGAUAUAUUGUAAACAUCCAAUCGGAUAAAAUAGUGUACAACUAUUCUGCAAAUCGAUAAAUUAUUUCUAAUGAAAUAAAUUACUGAUUGUCUCGUCCGGUAUUCGGAAAAAUAGUAAACACCUCGUCCGAUAUUCGGAAAAAUAGUGAACUCGUCCAUUAAACGGAUGAAUGGUAAAUGCGGGAUUAUUGGACGAUUUUUUUUUUGUUAUAGAGAAUUAUUUUGCAGAGUCCCGUAUCGGUCCCGCGUUCGGUGCGUGAGGCCUUUAGGUGUAUAACUUUGCGUCUACUAAAAUUCCAGUCGUGUACAUAUGACUACAAGCGUACAGACUUACAUGCCAACAUUAAUGUUUGCACCUUUUAAUAUGGUGCUGUAAAGUGUGGUUGGUAACCGACUUUCAAAAAGGAUGUUCUAUGUUUGAUUGUGUGUAUGUUCAUUGAUGUCCCUCAUUUGUCGACUUUUUUAAUUUAUAUGACUUACGUCGUCAAACAGCAAUCACAAAAAUCAUGAUAAUCAACACACCAUUUACCAAGGUUAGCAAGAUAACAACGAAAAAUAUGUUGCCCUUAUCCAUAUGUAAUACAGAAAAAAUAAUACCCAGAAACAGAAUGUUCUUCACAAAUUUGUUUAUUUUCUUGUUUUUUUAAUAUAAAACUUGAAGAUUUAUCAAAUCAUUAAAAAUAAGAAAAAUUGCAGAUGCAAUUGUAACAUAGCAUUAAAAAUAUAUCAGACAUUUCUUCUGAUAGUUAUAUAUAGUAUAUUUGGUGUAGUAAAAUAAAUCAGGAUACUGAUGAAAAUAUAGAAAGUAAUCGUAGAUGAGGAAAUAGAUAAUUUUGAAUGUUAAAUCUCUGUACAGAAAAUUGAUUUAAAAGGCGAAAAUGCGUUUCAAGAUGGCAGAAAAACACGCUAAAUCACAUUUAGACAUCAUCAACUUUGUUUUAUUUAUAUAAUUGGACCAGAAUCAUGUGUAAUAUAAUAAAUAAAAUAAAAACAUAUAAUAAAGGAUCGGUCAUACUAUCAUUUAAAAUUAAUAGUUCAAAAAAUUAAAUAUAUUAUAAAGUUACAUAAAUAUUCUUUAAUUUAAAAAGAAGAAAAAACAUAAAUAAAACGAUAAAAAUGAUUUUGGAUAACAUUAUGUGAACAUGGUUGUAAUGUUGGUAAUCGUACAAGGAAAUCAAAAAUAUCAUGUUUUUGAAUUACUAUUCAUAAUUAAUUAAAAUCAAAAAUCUUAAUGCUUAAAAUUAUAUCUUGCGUUAAUUCAUAGAAAUAACACAAGCCUAUUUUUCCAUGCAUUGAUAGUCAUGCAUGGUAAAAUAAAAACAUACAUACAACCGAACAUAAAACCUCCUCCUCUUUGGAAGUUAAGUUUAUAUAAGUCUGUACACUAGUGGGCUAUCAACUUAAUUAACACGCUUCGCAUCGCUUCUUUUUUGUUAAGUAGUUAGAUAGUAUAAAUUAAUUUUGGUCGGGUGGGUUCCAACCCCCCUGCCGUUCUGGGAUAUUUUAGGGCGUUACACACGACGUUCUUCGAACGCGCGGCAGAAACGCGUCUGCAACGCUGCAAAGCAAAGAGGUUUUAUUGAUUGAGUUCUUAAAACAGUAACAAUAGUGACAGUGACAACGAUUAUCCUCUCAAAAUGAGAAGAGUUAAAACUUACUCUGCCAUGUAGGUUAAGUGUAGAUUAUUGGCGGAUUUGCAUUGCAUUGAGAAAGUCAGGGAAGGUCUGGAGCUGUAGUCAAGGAGUUCACAGAGAUUUUACACAGUUUACGUAUGCAAAGUUUAGGGUUUUAGGUCUUAGACUACUCUUUUUAAUUUUCUUGAUAAUUUCUAGCAUUUCGGUCAUAAUUAGAUUAAUGUAUUCUUUUAUUGGACCAAUGUUUCUUUUUUUAAUCAAAUGUAUAUAGUUGGUUAGAGAAAUUUGAUUGGAGAAAAAGGGACAAGAACUUUUUUUUUUAAGGUUUUAAUUGUUCAAACAUUGCUUAGUUAUAUUGUUAUUAUUGAAAAUAUGUAGUACUUACAUUUUGCAGAUUAAUUGCGGAAAUAAAGCAAUCCCCACAAAUAUUAUAUAUAAUAUAAUACUAUAAUAUAAUACCUAUACAUAUUUUAUGAACUUACUGGCCGCGCGUACAAUUUAUCGUUUUUAUUUAUUUUAUUAAUUAAUUUAUGCUAUUUUAAGGGUCAGUAGAAGACGUAUGAAUAAUAUUACUUCAAACAUAUAGACAAUAAUUAAAUAAAACAAUAAAAACAUCUGAAGUAGUACAUAAACUUCACAAAUUUUGAGGUUAGCUCACUGUAUUGUAAGUUUUCGUUGUAAAUUUGACUGCAAAUUAACUAUAAUUCUUUGUCAACGAUGUCGCAGAUGGUUUCAAUCGCCGGUGACUGCGCGGAUGUAACGGCGCGUGUGUAACGACCCUAAGUUAGAUUUAGUUUUCGCUCAAAAUUUUUGUUUUUGGAAAUAUAACCAAACUCUUACAUUUCUUAUUUAGGUAUAUACUGCAGUACGAACGAUGUUCUGUGGUACCAAAUUUUUGGUGUUGAUUUUUGGUGAUGCUAUACAUGAAAGCAUGUCAUAUGUUACGAAAACUGACCCUCAUUUUUUAUAUAGUCUGUGGUAUUGACAUAAAAUUAAAAAUGUAGUUUCCUUAACGAAUUUUUGGUAACAUUUGACAUUGGUUAUAUUUCGCAAAACUGAAUUAGAAUUCAAAAUCGAAAUUGAAAAUUUCCAUUAUACUUGAUUUGGAUCUACGAAUACUUUUUGUGAGGCGUGUGUUUUUUUAGAUGUCAGUUUUUAUUAGCGCCACCUAAAUUGUUUUUCAGAUAGUAUGGGUACGGUGACAGUUGCCUUAUGACGUUCAUAAUAAGUACUAUUAUCGUGAAUCGCGGCAAAAUUUUCAAGAGUGAAACGAACUGUCACCGGACCCAUGCUAUCUGAAAAACACUGUACCAAAUAAAUGAUGUUUUGUAAAAUUUCGCCAAUUCUACUAUUUUCUAUUUCGGAAUAAACGUAUCUCUAUGUGCAGUGUGGUGUAUAUUUCCACGUCGGGAAUGUCAAUAAUAGUUUAAUGUACGCCACCUUUAGUCCAUUUAAAAUAAUUACAAUAUUCCGUUUUUUCAAUGAUUUUAAUACUAUUAGAUACGUUAUGUGCCUACAAAAUCACCGCAAAAAGUGUUGCAAACUACUCCACUGGGAACAAACAUGCUCAAUUUCGUGUUUACCUUCAUUAUAUAUUUAUGUAUAUACCUUUAGUUUAUACUUUUUAGAAUAGAAUAAAAUAUAUUUAUAUUAUAUUUUUACACUUCCUGAACACACAACUCGGCAUUGUAAAUAAUAUUUGGGUAUUAUUACGCUCAAAUAUGUUUCGUUGUCGACUUUGCGACUAAAUGAAAUUAACCCAAUUGGGUGCCUCAGGUAUCUAAUAGUAUAAAAUCAUUGGUUUGUUGUAUACCUGUUGUCCUUUAAAUGUAUAAACUGUGUGGUACAAUCUUUAUUAUUGUAAUAGAAACCAUCAACCAUCAAAUAGAAAAUCGUAAAGUUAGAAUGAGCGUAAACUGAAUGCAUGUUAGUAUUUUCUAAAUACUGUUAUAUAUACUCAGAGGCAAAAUUAUCCGCCCACUUUUAUAUGACGCGAGUAAAUUAAAGUGGGCGGAUAAUUGUGCCUCUGAGUAUAGUUAUAAGUACGGAUCCAUACAAAAACCUGAUAGUUCUGACAUCUAAAAUUAACGCGUUCUAAAAGUAUCUACACAUGUGCCGGAAAUCUAUGGCCGGCCAUCUAACGCGCUAUUGGUUGAUAUCGCUCGCACGGAUCCGUGUCGACCAAUCGGGACGACGUCAAACAAUGUGAAGGAUGACGUCAUACAAAAUCAACCAAUCGCAUGAGAGACCGAUGGCCGUAUAGUUGUCACGUCUGUAGUGCUACAAACGGUCACUACACACCAUAAUUAAUGUAUGUUUGUAAUUAAUAAAAAUAGGUUACUAUUAUUAAGCAGUUAAAUUUUAAUUUCCCAUUUUUUUUUUUGUUAAUAAUAACUAUUAUCCUUGUAAAACUUGUAACUUGCGUGUGAAUAUAAUAUUAUUUAUACAAUAUUAUACCUAAUAUGAAUUUUGUCGGACUACAUUUUUGUGGUGAAGUGUUUUUUUUUUUUUUUUAGCUUUGUCGAAAUGGAAGUUUUGAGUUAUACGUGCGUAUAAUGAAAUUGUUACACUUAUUGUACAGCAGAUCUUGUUUAAUAACACCGGUAGGCCUCGCGUUUCCUCCUUUUUUAUAUUUAUAAAAAAUCCACUAUUGAAAAAUUGCUACAGGCGAAUAAUUAAAAAUAAUAGUGAACGGAUUAAGGUCCAUUUAUAUCUACACACAUUUAGCGUGCCCGACAAUACUUGCCUCUUUGUAAACAGUGUUUAAACUGAAUUAUGGAAGUAUUAUAAGCUAUAUUUUAUUUUGUCCCGUCAAUAAUAACCAGUAAAAAAUUUAAUAUAAAUGAAAAAAUAUCUACGUAAAUUUUUACCGCCGCCGAAACUAACACAUUAGCAAGUGACGUCAUUCAUAGACCUAACAGCUAGAUUAGCGUUUGCAGUGAUGUGAUAUAACAGGUCACCGCAUGCGCCAAUCACAAACCGAUGCCUUGUAGCGAAUGACGUUUCAGUUUAUGAUUGGCGUUUGCGGUGACGUGAUAAAAAUACAAUUUUUAUUUAUAAAAAAUAUUACAAUUACGAGAUUAUUUUCACAAAUAAAAAUGUGAUUAGAGUUUCCAGGCAUCUAAACUGUCUAUAUGCAAAAAAUCUUUUUAGUUUUAUGCAACAGGCGAGUAGCCUAUUGCCGUGGAAGACAAAAUAACAUUCUUCUAUACAGUGUUUAUUAGCGUAUUUAUUAGCGUAUCUAUCGUAACGCGACCGCGCAGACUUUGACAGAAUCGAGCCGCACCUACCGGUGUUCGCGGAAAGAAUAUUUUGUCUGUCCGUUUCAUGUCUGUCUAUGACGCACUGUGUUAGUAGAUAUAAACGGACCUUGAGGUGAGCUACAGACGUGCAGUUUCAACUGUACAGUCGAAUUGUUAAAUUGUCUGUGUGUAGUAUCCGUCAGUUUUAAUUAUACCGUUUUUAUUUAAUGACUAGCGGUAGCCCGCGACUUCGUCCACGUUAAUCGAGUUUCACGUAGGGUAGGGUAGGGGUAGGGGUAGUUUAAAGUUUACAUCCAGUUUCACGUGGAGGAAGUCGCGGGCGUCUGCUAGUUAGGAAUAUAAUUAGCGAAAUCGGUCUAUCUUCGAAAUUUGCGCUUAUCAACACACUAGUUGACGUCGCGGGGUUUUACCCGCGUGGUUCCCGUUCCCAUAGGAAUACGGGGAUAUAAUGUAGCCUAUAGCCUUCCUUGAUAAAUGGGCUAUCUAACACUGAAAGAAUUUUUCAAAUCGGACCAGUAAUUCCUGAGAUUAGCGCGUUCAAUCAAACGAGAAAAACAAACUCCUCAGCUUUAUAAUAUUAGUAUAGAUUUUGAUUGAAAUUUUAUUUAGAUUAAAAUGUACUUUUUCAUAUUUUGAAAUAAAAGAUGGCCGAAUGGUGUUAUUAAAUUACAUCGAUUGUACCUUCUACGUACAAAUUGUGAUGAGAAUUCAAUCUUCGUAUGUCUAAAUGUGGAAGCAAUUGAUUUAAUAAUAUAAUUUCGUGGGUUUUGUCUUUGAGUCAAAAUAUACUGUAAUAAGUAUAUACAGUUUAUUGUGUUUUUGCUUUGUACAGACAGACAUUUGAUAAGCGCGUAUGUGUGUGAAAGUAGCGUUAGUAAAACAAUAACAUGGUUGUAAACUAUAAUUUGGUUGCUAAGCAACGGUUUAUUGGUCAAAGUAUCUUUAUUUCUUCAAGAGUCAUUAAAGAUUCUUUGAGCCGUGAUAGCCCAGUGGAUAUGACCUCUGCCUUCGAUUCCGGAUGGUGUGGGUUCGAAUCCGGUCCGGGGCAUGCACCUCCAACUUUUCGGUUGUGUGCAUUUUAAGAAAUUAAAUAUCACGUGUCUCAAUCGGUGAAGGAAAACAUCGCGAGGAAACCUGCAUACCAGAGAAUUGUCUUGAUUCUCUGCGUGUGUGAAGUCUACCAAUCCGCAUUGGGCCAGCGCGGUGGACUAUUGGCCUUACCUCUCUCAUUCUGAGAGGAGACUCGGGCUCAGCAGUGAGCCGAAUAUGGGUUGAUGACGACGAAAGAUUCUUUGACCUUAACAGGUUUCUUUCCACACGCCUCUUACGCCUAGUUCAGACUACUUUAGUAUUUUAGUCGAGUACGAAGGAUUUGGGCGGUAAAUCCAAAAAUUGUUCGUACUUCACUAAAAUACUAAUGUAGUGUAACAAGGCAUUAGUGUUUCCCUCGAAAUAGUUUAAAAACGCGUUCCUGUUUUGCGGACUGUCCUUUAGUUUACGCACACAAUGGCGUUUAUGCUGUCAAUUUGCAUCCAAAGCAAAACCGACCUUCUGUGGUAGUACCUAAGACUGACUAUACCUUGCUUAUCAGCAUAUUAACACAGUAGGGAAGCGAUAGACGUGACGUCACGCUGAAAACGUCAUUCCCAUACGUUUUUUUAGUUUUCGAAGCGUUAGCGUUUGUAGAAAGUGAACCGACGUGCCGCAUGGCUAAGGUUCUUGGUAUGCGCAGGUAGUCCGCACCGAGUCUCCAUACUUGUGGCAAACCUGCACUGAAUUUGGUCGACAAAUUCCUAACUGCUCCGAUCAGCGCGUACCAUUAGUUCUAUAUAACUUGCAAGUGCGAUUUUCGAAUUCACCUUGUAUCUUUCUCAUUUUAUAGUAUCGUGUUAGACAGAGAGAGAUUUAUGUGAAUUUGAAACUCGCACUUGCGAGUUAUAAAACAUAAUUACAAAAUAGCCCUACUGUGUCGAUAAGCGUUGGUUGACGCAGGUAACCUGCCCCUGUAGCCAAGUGUUACGUCGAUUCUCUUUCUACGAUCGCAAACGCAUCGAAAACUAGAAAAAUGAAUGGGAAUGACAGAUUGAUCAUCGUGACCUGUCGAUAGCAAAUGUCAUUCCAUACAUUUGCGUUAGCGAUCGUAGAAAAAAAAUCGACGUGCCGUGCUUGGCUACAGGGGCUGCAUUCUACGUGAAUACGCCCACACAAGCACAAUGUGUGUGCUGUGGUGCCAGGUAUAGUCAAUCUAUUCUGGAAUGUCCAUUUGGCUUUAGAUGUGGUGCUAAUAUGACAGACACACCUUUUUUUUUUGAUUGUAAAAGUCUCUAGUAGCAUCGCUUGAUGGGACCUGAAUGCAAAAACUAGAAAAGGGGGGUCUCCUCUGAGUCUCGGAUCUCGGUUCAGAGGGUCGUUUUGGAGGUGUUUUUGUCCGGGCGCCCCCGAAAUCGUGAAUUUAAAAAUUCCACGUCCGAGUAACGUUAGAUAUCCGGUAUAGUCUGGCAAGUUCGUUGAUGACACUCCCAUGAUAUGCGGGCGACGGGGGAAAAGACUAGCGGGUGUGAAAUGGUGCGUGCGGGGAAGUGAAGUGUAUCAGUCGGGGGAUUUUCAUUCAUCGCUACACGCCCCCCGGCCCGCGUAUCGGGAGUGUUACGAACGAAGUUGCCAAGCUAUAGCUUGUGUUUGCCGCAACAGACAAAAUGUGUUUGUGUGUAUAAACCGAACGAUACACCAACUUACGCCUUACAACUCAUCCAAAGCCAAGGGGACUUUCAAAAAGUAGACUAACUACUAUAAUGAUUUACAUACAAACUACAUUGACAGCUCUAAAAGUGCAAUCUCUUCCACGUAUUAUAAAAAGAUGGGACUUUUAAAUCUGUAAAUUUAGUUUAUUUUACUAAAUAAAUUAUAGACAAACUGAAUAACUCAGUCCUCAACUGUGUAGGCGGAUAUGGCGAUAGAAGGAAGAUAUUUAUGUGCAAGCAUCAGGCGCACAUUUUUUUUUAAAUUUCACUUAAUAAGGAUGAUGAUGAUGUAUGCUAAUAGUAAAGCAAUUUUCUUAAAAUAACAGGAUAUCUGCGAUCAUUACUUUCGGAGUUACAGGGAUUUGAAGGGUCAGAUUUGCGGCGCUGCCGCGGAUCCCUGAAAAACGUCACAUACAAAAUGGCACGAAUUAAUGACGUCGUUGAUUCGCUGAUCGUUAGAUUUGUUUGGUCGUUCACACAAAAUUACAAAUAUCUUUAUUAUUUUUCACUUUCGUUUUCUACACGACAUCGUACCGGAACGCUAAAUCGCUUGGCGGUAGGUUUUUGUCGGUAGGGUGGUAACUAGCCACGGCUGAAGCCUCCCACCAGCCAGGCCUGUACCAAUUAAGAAAAUCUCAAUCGGCCCAGCCGGGGAUCGAACCCAGGACCUCCGUUUUGUAAAUCCACCGCGCAUACCACUGCGCCACGGAGGCCGUCAAAAAUUACGUCACUCUGUCGUCACACCCCUGUACUUUGCAGUCGAGGACUCUGUUAAGGUUUACUAUAACACUACAGUCAAUUUUAAGUUUUUUUUUUUUAAUUAAUGUGACAUUUAUUUGGUCUUUUCAUUCUAUUGUAAACUAACCUGUAUAUUAUUGCGAUCAUACCAAUUUUUUUCUUGUCGACUGAUUUUUUGGUACUCGGUGAAACUUAAAACAAUCGUGUGUAUAUUUAAUAAGCCAUUAACAGAAGCGUGUCUGAUGAUCAUUUGAAGGAUUGUUAUUAUCGCAUUAACUGUAAAAGUUUGGGACAAUAGAAAUAUAUCAUUAUUAUGAAGGCAAAAUUCAUGUAUAUUGGAAUCAAUUAAAUGUAACCCUUCCGGUAAGGGUGUACAGUUCAAAAUUGUUUGCAUCAUUUCAUAAAGAUUGUAAUACCUAAUUACUGUACGGUCUGAUAAUGAGAUUGUUGUCAUCAAAUAGUCUAUGGAAAUUGUUGGUAUUUUUAAAUAUGGAAUUUAAACGAUCGUGAACAUUGCUAGUGUCGCGUAUAUUCGCCUCUCGCUCUGUUGUGAUAGUGUGAGUGAGAGGUGAACAGAAGCCACAUGCUAUAUGUUCCGUAGAUAACAGAACCAACCAUAAAGUUCUGUGAAUACCAUUAUAGUUAAUUAUUAUCAGUGUAUAUUUUUUCGGAAAACUUGCCUAGUGCCUCCGAUAUUUUUGGGGGUGCAUAAAUUCUACUUUGUCUCAGUCGAAUAUAACUAAAGUAUUAUUUAAAUUGAUUUUAUGAAGAUUCUUUGAUCAUCAGUGACGUGCACUACACACAUAAAAAGUAAAUUUAUGUAUAUCCUAAACAUUUUAUGGUAUCAAAGGCAGAUUUUCUACAUUUCUCUAGUUUUUUUUUUAAUUUCACCAAUCCUUCUCAAUGUCUACCCUCAAUUAUUAGCCCUGUGCACGCCACUGUGGAUCAUGUGACUCUUCGUUAUUUAUUUGAGCGGCACUUUUGGACUUCUAAAAUAUCAAAAAUACUCAUAGUGAAUCAACGCUUUUCAUAGAGUUUGUUGAAACGAUGUUCUGAUGUGAUCUCUAUAUUUGUAGAUGUACGGAAAUAAUCCAGUGGUAUGAAUUAAACGAUCAGAUAUGCAUAAAAA